ACUGAAUCUAAUAAUCCAAUUGUUUCCCCAAUUUCCAGGAAGGAGCUAGUGAAUCAGGAAUCCCGCUACAGCGUCAAGCUUGAGGAUGCUGAGAAGCGGGCCAGCGAGGCCCAGACUAAGGUGUACGAGCUGAAGCAACGGUUGGAUGAGGUGGAAAGAGAAGUUUCCUUGAAAGAAUGCAACGUAGACCGCCUCAAAGCGGAACUAGAUGCAGCGUGCAAGGAAUGUGAGACUAUCCGUGCGCGGAUGCACUCGCAGAGCUCCGAAACUGGACGCACUAAGACUGAAAUUCUCCGAACGGGAGGGAUGAGCUAAAUCUUAAGUACCAAA